AUCAGCAGUAAACACGCUAAAAGAAGCUGAAGUCGCAGGCGGUGGAGGUUCUUGUCGUUUCUCCGGUUCUGGUUGAAGUUUUUGGACGGAACUGCCGCUCUGGAGCGACAUGGGUUCUCCUCUUCCAUUCUCGUCGCUGCGACUGCUGGUGCCGCCACUGCGUCUCAUGUCUGCCUUCAUGUGGCAGGUCGUCCAACAACAGAAGUUGGAGCAUUUUAAUGAACUAGAGGAGUACAUCCUUCUCCUGACGAAGAUGUUUCCGAAGAUUCUGAGCGAACGGCAAAAGACUGCACUGGUUAUGGGUCUCAGAGCAAAGAUGAUUCUUGAAACUUGUAAAGGUGAGGUGCCAAUCAACAUGGAGACAAUCAAGGAGCAUCUUCAGACAGUUGAGUCCAAGGCCGCUGGUUCAGAGGUAGAAAGUUUACAGUGCAAAUUGUUAAAGCUACUCAUAAGCCUCCUGGAGGAUCCAGUUAAAAAAGAGCACUUCUUUCAGGAGGUUUUCCCACUUGAGUAUGGUCCUGACUUUGACAAAGCACUGCAAGUCCUGGUUGGUCAUUUUCUCUCCAGAUUGGAACAGUUGCUCCCAGUACCAAACUUCAAACAGGCUGCUUUGUGGUUAAGUAGUGCACCCACUGGUUGGGAGAACUUGGUACAGACAGAUUGGAAUCCCAGAUUCUUACUGCCUUUGCUUCGAAGUGACUAUCAAGGAACUUUAGAAACAAACGGUCUCCCUUCUGUAGUGGAGGACAGAAUAAUCUCUACCUUAUCGCUCUCUCCUUUGACUGAUGUGGCCAUGCCCAGGGAGAGUAACACUGAUGACCAGUCAGAACUUUCCUCCUGUUUAGAGAGUUCCUCCCAGGAUGUAAACCAAGAUAUGAACCAGGAUGUAAGCCAAGAGAAUAAGACAGAAGCUCUAUCUCCCAAAAUCCUCAAUUUUAAUCAAAUAGAGGGCCACAGUGACAUUGUUGUAGAGCUGGAAUCAUCCAGAUGUGGCUUACAAGAAGAAGGAGAUUUAAUCGAGAAUGACGUUGAGGAAAGUUCUGUCUGUGAAGUUGAAGAGGUGACAAUGGAAACCUCUCAGAGUGAAAGUGAAGAUGUGCAAGCAUCCACUGAGCCGGACAGGCCUGAGAAUGAAGCAUCAACUGAAGUUGCUGGACCUGAGCCAAUUUCAGAAAUCUCUGGUACAAAUGCAGAUCUGAGGGACGUUGAUGAAGGAGGUGUUGAAGCUGCUGAUAAAGCAUCUGCGAUCAGCGCGGGGCCUCUGCUUAAAGUGGUUGUCCCGAGGCAUCUGAUAUCAGUAAUUAAACAAGUCCAGCUGCCUUCAGUUUCACUCUCACGGUGCAUGUGCAGUGAAUCAGGAUCCCUUAAAUUGGGCCCUGAAGUUUUGAAGACAUCCUCCUCCUCCUCUCCUUCUCCUUCCUCAGGAAAUGGCUGCAAAACUCAAACAAAGAGAUCGCAGCUAAGGAGGCAACAUCAGUGUUCUGAGUGUAGGUUAUCUUUCAGGUGUCAGGUAGAACUGAGGGCGCAUAUGCGAAGGCACACAGAAAAGGGCCCCUACAAAUGUCAUCCCUGUAAACUGAACUUUAAAACGUAUUUCCAGGCGUCUGUGCACCAGCGCAAGUGGCAUAGCAAGAUAACAUACUCCUGUGCCCACUGUGAUCAGACCUUCAAGUCUAUGAAGGCUUGGUUGAUGCACCGUAGAGAACACAAAGUCCAAACAGUGCACCGGUGUGCUGACUGUGGGAAAGAAUGCAUAUCCCUGCAGUCUCUGGUGAAUCAUUCCAAGGUUCAUAACCACUUGGUGAGCGAGCGUUUGCUGGAUUCGUAUAAAUGUAUCGCUUGCGGGGAAACGUUCUCUCAGAAAUCUGACUUUUUGAGCCAUAUGGAAACCCACAAGGCUCAUGGACGAGUUAGAACGGACCAGAACAAAGCCGCAAGGCCUUCAAAGCGCCCACCAGGAGAGUGUCGAUUCUGCGGCCAGAUGUUUUCCGUGAUUGAGCUGCGGAACCACCUGAAAACCCAUCCAGAGUUCAGGCCUCACCAGUGCGACCACUGUGGCAAGUGUUUUGCCACUCUGCAAGGCUUACUGGCUCACAUAUCAAAUCACACAGGGGAAAAGCCUCACAGUUGCUUAAGCUGUGGGAAGAAAUUUUUCAGCAGAUCUCAGCUCAAGUCCCACAUGAGAUCCCAUUCAAAAGAGAGGCCAUACUGCUGCUCUUACUGUGGGAAAUGCUUCCACAGUCUCGGAAACCUCACCAUCCACACAAGGUUGCACACCGGAGAGAAGCCCUACGUGUGCUUGGAAUGUGGAAAGGCUUUCAGUUCUGCCGGAUGUUUGCAGGUGCAUCGCCGCUGCCACACUGGAGAGAAGCCCUAUCCGUGCAGCAUAUGUGGAAGAAGCUUCAUCGUAUCGAGUCAUCGUACCAUACACAUGAGGUCACACACGGGCCUGCGACCCUAUGUUUGUGAAGUCUGCGGAAGGGCUUUUGUGAGGAGACGCUGCUUGAAUGAGCACUUGUACAGCCAUAGCGACGUGAAACCCUUUAUGUGUUCGGCCUGCCCUAAGAGCUUUACACGCCGUGGCCACUUGAAGAGACACAUGCGGUGCCACGGUGGUGACCAAAGCAGUGAAAACAUUUGAACUGAGAGUUUUAAACUUUCUUUAGUCUGUAAACUGAAAGCUCUACAAUCAUAAAGGUGGUUCCUGAGAUGUAAAAAUAGGUGUGGAUCCAGUUUUACUGUGGCAUUUAUCAUGAACUUUGUAAAAAGUGCUGGAAAUAUCAAUAAAUCAUUGAUUCCCUUUUGUUUUUUA